CGUAGAAGCAGCAAAAAAGGUGCAUGUGUUAAAGCAGCUGGGGGCAUUCUGAUGGUGCAGCAGCUCUGAUAUCUGCAAAGUAGAACUAAUUUGAAGAUGUUCAGGGGACUUUCUUUUCCUCAGUUAUUUCUUGCAACGUUUCUGGGAGUUGGUGCAGGUGUCUAUAUAUACAAGCCAAUCUAUGAACAAUACUACUGGGAACAGAAAAGGCUAAAGGCAGAUGUAAACACUGUUGACACUGUUGAAAAAAAAGAAUGAACAGAAUAAAUCUGGAUUUUUAUUUUUUACUACGUUCUACACCACAAUAAAAAUCAUCUUUUAUUAUACGUUGCAGCAUUGUGAGAGUGAAAUAAUAUUGAUCGCAGUUAACUCAGCCCAAUCAUGGAGUUUGAAUACUUUGAAAACAAUCAGGCUGGAUUUGGGCAAUCCCUGACAAUCUACAUGCAACAAGUGCUCAAAGACUUACUGUUACAUCAACAAUAUCAGAUGUUUUUGUUUGCUUUAUAAUCUUACAGAUUUAGAAUUGUAAAUUAAAGAUUUUACUGAUUUCA